AUUGAGUUUACUUUUUUUAACAAUACUAUAGCGUAUCAUUUUGUUUUCUUAUGGCUGUUUUUUUUUACUAGAUAUUUUUCCUAAACAAAAGAUUUUGACUAGUGUAGUAUUAUAGUAUUGAGAUUGAAAUUGCAUGUAUGUAGCAAGGGGUACGGAUUACGUGCUGUUGUUGUUGAAAUUACGCUUAAUAUUUAUUAUUCUAUUUGUUUUACUUCUGUGUUAUUUAAACACUUGAAGAUAAGUUGUGAAGUGUAAGGUUUUUUUUAUCGAUAGCGGCUUUUUUUUUUGUGUUUUGUUUUGUAAAAUUGAUGACAUUGAAAUAUGAAUUGUCCAAUUUGAUGUUCAAUUUACAUUUCGUGUUAGACAUGUAAUUAAAACGUUAAAAUAUUAACUCAGGUGACUUAUCAUGUUACCAUCUACAGGACGUUUUAGAGGUAUAAAUUGCCCUUUCUUCAACAGUGGGUUAUGUGAAAGGCCGUACUGUCAUUUUCGUCAUGUGAGAAAUGAAAUAGAAGAUGGUCUUGGUGAUAAGAUUGCCACUUGUGCAUCGAGUGGACAGUCAAGUGAUAAUAUUGUACAUCUCGUUUCCGAGACUGUAAGAAAACUGUUGCCAGCUUUACACACUGAUGGCUCACCAGCAGUGGAUGAAACUGCAGUCCCACCAGAAAUACCUUCUCUGGUGUCAAGGGUUUUAGAUGAGUUGAAGCCAGAGUCUUCUAACCCUCCACCUGCUGCACCAUCCUACAAGCCUACGCCAAUUGCAGAACUCAAAAAGGCACACAUCCCAAUUUCAUAUAAAGCAACAUGUCUCCAGCCACAAUAUCGAACUAUUGAGACCAAAUCAAGUAAAACUGCAGUAUAUUCAUCUUUUACCAAAAGUUCUAAAAAGAAAUUGGAGUAUACACCUUUUAGGCCAGGAAUCGAAGAUACUGUUAUUCCUGGCUUAGAUACUUUAAGCCCUGAAUCAGACUUGUCUCGUACUAAGAAUUCAAAGAAGAAGUUAGAAUAUACCCCAUUCAGACCAGGUAUUGAAUGUAGGUUCCCACCAGUUGUUAAUGGUUCAAGUACGUUUGCAGAAGUGGACUCUUAUGAGCCAACUUGCCUUAACAAGUUAGAAAAUGACCAUUUACAGUUGCAAUUUAACGCAGUCAAAUCUAAUGUUCCGGAGUUGGAAGAUGAUGAGUCGAGUGAGGUAGGUUUUUCUCCAGUAAGUGAAGAUGAAAGUGAAAAAGUUGAGGAAAAUGAAUCUCAUGAGGUUUCAGGAGAUGAAGUAGAUUUAGAAACAAGCAAAAGUAUUUGUUCUAAAAUAGAAGUAAAUUCGGGAGCAAAGGUAUGUGAUUCUGUGACUGAAAAACAACCUGAAAUUGAAAGUAUUGAUACCAGAGAUGGUCAAAUUCUCAAGUGUGAGUCAAUCAAGUGUGAGUCAAUCAAGUGUGAGAAAGAUGAUAAGAAACCAGAAAAAGUUAAAAGUUCUUCUUCUGAUGGAAAAGAAACACAUUUAAAUGAAGCCAAAAAAGUUUCAAAAUCCAGAAGCACUAGUAAGAGUGGUAAUUGUGAAGAUGGUAAAGGUCACGAAAAGAAGAAACAUUCAGAAAGUCGUGCACACUCUAAAUCUUCUCAUGGUCACAAGCAUGGUAAAACAUCAAAGGAGCACAGUGUGCAUGAAAAGAAGCACAGAAGUAACCAUAGUAAGCAUAGCAGUACAGAGGUAAAAACUAAUUCAAAGAGUGUUUCAAAAUCUCGCAGUUCUAGUACGUCAAAAUCAAGUUCACAUCGAAGUAGGCAUUCCGAUAGUAAACACCGUAGCACCUCUUCCAGACACAACUCGAAGCAUCUGAAACAUUCAAGUAAUAAAUCAACAGAUAAAAAGUCUAAAGAUAGCAGUAGCAAUAGAAAACAUAAAAGUGAGAAAUCCAAAAUUCUAUUGAAUGAUACCCAGGAGGAUGAUGAGACUGAUGUAAUUCUCUGUGAUAAAAGUGAGGAUGGCUCAGAUUCAUGUAUAGUAAUCCAGGAUUCUCCCUCUGAAUCAGAUGAGUCUAUUACCGAGGAGUGUUUGAGAAUAUUCCAAGAGUACGAGCCACAAGCAAACACUGUUUCUCGUAAGAAAAGAGCACGGGAGUUGGAUGAUAUUGAAGAUACCACCGUUCCUUCAAAGAAGCGUGUCGCACAUCCCGGUGCUAAAGAGGCUACAGUUUCGCGACCAGCGUUACCCGCGCCUAAACGGCCCGUGAAUCCUGCACAGGCAUUGCUAGAUAGGUUUGCGAAAGUAAGAGAAGCCAUGUGUGAGAAAAAUGAAAUAGAACCUUCCAAAAUGGCAAAAAUUGAAAGUGGCAGUACGAGCAUGAAAUGUCCUAACUCUUUGGGUCGUGUGAGAAUCGCGCCCGUUUCUAAUGUGAUAUCGUUAAUGGCCAAACCUAAAGCUCCCUUCAGGAGUGUGGUGGCAAGUAGGCUGAACUCUAGGGGCUCUUGCGACUCGAAAGAACCGGCCAGUGCGACCGAAGACAGUGCCGAUGAGAUGGCAGGGGAAAGUUCGUUCGGCACUGUUGCACAGACGGUGUCCAAAGGAUCCCAGCGUGUGGCCCACAAACCUUCUCAGGAAAUAAUUUUCCAGCCGUCCGUCAAAGACGGAGCACUCUCCGGAGUGGUUCCCCUGCAGACGCGUCAGAAGUAUCUGAAGUGUUUGUUUGAUGAGUACAAGAAGCACGUUUCCUUGAAUGAUGCUUGCGAGAAGGCGGCUAGCGAGGAGCAUGCCACGUUUUCCAAGUGCACGGUGCGGACCCUGUACUUCAACAGGAUGGCGGCUCUCGUGCAGCGCAUCCGGCACGAAGCCAAAUGUACGAGUUCCGUCGCUGAAAAUCACAACAAGGUGUCGCAUGCUGAUAUUUUAGCUGGCAAAACGAAAGGAUCGUGGAGUGUUAAAAAAACACACAAACACUCGGAGAACGAAGUGAAGAAAUCUAUGUAUGAAAUUUUGAGUAAAUACGUGCUUACCGAUGAGGAAUUGAAGACCAAUGGUUUUCCGAGAUAUCAUCCGACAGAGAAGAGCGUGGUGACAGUUCAGCCGAUGAGAAAGCCGGCCACUUGCGCGGACCCGCUGGAAAGAAUAUGCUGCAGAUGCGGUGUUCGUUACCAGGUGAACAAGCACGGGCUGGCGGUCCGGGACGAACACUGCACCUACCACCCGGGCCGCAGGAUCAAGCUGAAGCUGAACGGCAUGUGGGACACGCGCUACGCUUGUUGCAAGACGGAAGACUCGGUCGGCUGCUGCACGGCCGGCUGCCACGUUUCGGAGACCUACGAUCCCGACAACCUGACAGGCUUCGUGCACACGUUGCCGAAGGAAGAGGAGCCCCCCGACGGGGACCACGGAGUCUUCGCUCUGGACUGCGAAAUGGUGUACACCACCAGCGGCCUCGAACUGGCUCGCGUGACCGUCAUCGACUCGGAACUGAACACGAUAUACGAGUCGUUGGUGAAACCGGAGAACGUCGUUCUGGAUUGCAACUCUCGGUUCAGCGGGAUACAGAUGAGCGAUUUGGACGACGUCAAGACGAGCAUAUUGGAAGUUCAGGCGGUGCUGUUGGGACUGUUCAGCGAUAAGACGAUCUUGAUCGGCCACAGUUUGGACUCGGACCUGAAGGCGUUGAAGCUAGUCCACGACACGGUGGUGGACACCAGCGUGCUGUUCCCGCACCGGCUGGGCCCCCCGUACAAGCGCAGCCUCAAGAACCUGGCCCAGGAGAUCCUGCGCAAGGUGAUCCAGGAGGACGUGGGCGGCCACGACAGCGCGGAGGACGCCGUGGCGGCCAUGGAGCUGGCGCGGUGGCGCGUGCAGGAGGACCUGCGCGCCAGCUAGCACAGCUGCGCGGUACGCUCUGCUUCCCGCUCUCUCUCACCUUCUUUAUGCUACAUUGUUACAAAACAAAAUACUUUUUCUAAUCAUCUAAAAUUUAUAGGGUCACCUGUUUUGACAUUUGAAUUUUUUUUGCCCCCCCCCCCCCCCCCCUCCCCCCCCCCUCCUCCCGGUUCGAUUAAAUAUGAACGUAAAUCAUGUAGCAUUUAGGUAAUACCAAAACUGUGCAGUGAUAUCCAGAGAUUAUGAACUAUUGUAUAACCUAAUCGUAUUUAUACAGAAUCGGUAUAUAUGUAAGUUAUUUAAAAUAGUACUGGUCUUGCUGGUAUAAUAAUUAUUUUUUUUUUUUUAAAGCUGUGAUUUAUUAGGUGGUAAGCUUGCACUCCGAAUGGCUGUGUUUGCCCCGUUUGCCAGUUGAGUUAAAUAUUUAUAUGCUUGUAUUUACAAUUAAACUAUAAGCCAAGAUAUAAGUUUUUAUCAUUAGCGUAACAACUAUUUUGAAAUACUACUGCCAUGUGUGUUAUCUGCAAGGGUUUAUUUCAUUACAUUCUGUAAUUGUUGAGUUUGUGUAGGUAUUUACAGCCAGUUUCUUGCAUUUGUGGUUUGGAUACUGAGCUCUUUAUUCCAUGCAAAUUCAAUCGGAGGACUGACACUCGGAGUUUUAGUUUUAGAAUAUUUUUCUAUAAAGCAUGUUAUAUAAAAGCGAAAUUUUGUUUUGCGUUUUCAUUUAUACUUUAUUAAAAGUAUUAGCAAAUAAAUGAGUACAGUAAUUGUGGAGUUAAGGGGAAUUUCUGAAACAAGUAAAUAAAGUUAUGAAAA